AGCAGGUGAAGACUCGUUCGUGACAUGAUAACUAAAUCAGGAAGAAGACGUCAAGAAACGUUAACUGUUUAAACGCUGGCAAUGAACUUCCGCGAUUGUCUGACGGAAUUUAGCAUGAGGGGAUUUGGCAUAGCGCGUCUGUGAAGGAAUGUGGCUUGAACUUCAGUCAACCAUCACAUCCAACUCUCAUGUCAAGUGACAUAUUUCAGGAUUUUCCCGGCAAUGCAUGUUAUUCUGGACACGAAAAAUUGUAUAUCUCAUGAUGCAAUAGUGAACGGUGGGACAGCCUGUGUGUUCAGUGGUCAGCCGUUUGACACAGCCAAGGUGAAAAUGCAGACCUUCCCUUCCAUGUACCGAGGCUUCCUCCACUGCUUCAUGUCCACCUACAGACAGAUGGGUCUGAGAGGGCUGUACCAGGGAGCCACCCCAGCCCUCAUAGCCAACAUCGCAGAGAACGCUGUCCUUUUCAUGAGCUAUGGUUUCUGUCAGGAUGUGUUGCGGCGAAUCACCGGGAUGGACCGAGCCGUAGAACUCAGUGACCUCCAGAAGGCGUGUUCAGGCUCCCUAGCGUCCAUCUUCUCCUCCCUGGCUCUCUGUCCCACCGAGCUGGUCAAGUGUCGUCUGCAGGCCAUGCAUGAGAUGGAGGCCUCCGGCAAGAUACCCUCAGGGCAGAAGAAUUCGGUGUGGUCCGUGGUUCGGACUGUGUUGAGGAAGGACGGUCCUCUUGGUUUCUACCAGGGUUUGACUACGACCGUCGUCAGGGAAGUGCCCGGGUAUUUCUGCUUCUUCGGAGCCUACGAGCUCUGUCGCACGACAUUUGCUCAGCAUCUGAGCACCGACAAGGAUGGCAUAGGCGUUGUCCCUCUGAUGUUCAGUGGUGGGUUUGGGGGAGCAUGCCUGUGGCUGGUCGUCUAUCCCAUAGACUGUGUGAAGUCCAGGAUCCAGGUCCACUCCCUAGCAGGCAGACAGCAAGGCUUCAUCAAGACCUUGAUGGGGAUCAUACGCACUGAAGGAGUGGCUCCUCUCUACUCAGGCCUCACUCCCACCAUGAUCAGAACCUUCCCUGCCAAUGGAGCUCUCUUCUUGGCCUAUGAGCUCAGCCGUAAGGCGAUGAUGCAGAAGUUUGGAGACGUCUGAUUGGCUGAUCCCUUCUCCUCACAACGGACACUUCCUGUUUCCUCCACCAAUGCCUGCAUUUUUGUUGGCAUCCCAAAAUGGAACCUUAUGUUUAAACAUUAUUUUUAAAGUCUGAAUGUAAUUUUUUUUUUUGUAUAAAAUAUGCCUUUUGUUGUAGUUGUAGCUACUGAAUAUAAUAAUAUAAUAAAUAAUAAUAAGCUAUUGAAUAUGCAAGGAUAAUGCCUACAUUUGUUGAGCAGGUCACAGUUAUUUGAGAAUGUAAAGUGUGUGGUGUUCUGUAAAAACUUUAAAUAAAGUCACACACUCUAUAUUGAAUGGCUAAUCCUAACCUACCAUA